AUGUGGGACAAGGCCGUGUCCGAUGAUUUCCAGGUGCUAUUAGCCUUGGUUAUCGUUGCCCAUCCUGCUGCUAUCCACUUAAAGCAGCCCAUGGGGCGAGAGCGCAACACGGCCCCUUUCAUCUGGCUCUUGGCCACGCUCAUCCUCCUAUGUGCCGUGGAUGUGGGUAUCUUCCACCUUUGCAGUCGCAAUCUAGCCCCCGACCUUUGGCCUAUCCUCCUCUUCUACCAGACCAACGAGGUGCCUACUAUGAUGACCGCCGUCCACCAUAUGAGCAAGAACCGCCCCCGGCUGCCAGAUGGCCACCCGAAUUACUACCACAUCCCCGCUGAUGUUUAUGAGAACCCUCCAGUCGGAAACGGCAGAGCGCCCCAGGAAAUUCAGUCCCAGCGUACAGCCAUUCGUUGCAUGUGCUGUCGUGAAAGAAACGUUUGCGAGUCAAACCCAACGCAUCAACAUCGACGACGGCCUCUUGCCCAGCCCAAUAAGCCAAUACAAGGUUCUACCGGAGAGCGCAAGUUGGACAUCGGCUUUGUCAAGAAUACGAGUGCUGGGAAAGACUCGCGGUGCCGCUGGUCGCAGAUCUUGGUACCUGGAAAGCUGAAGAGCAACCCAUCCGCCGAUAAGGCCUCGAUGGCGUGGCUUGAUCUGGGGAGGCACGCCAGGGAGGUGCUCGUUGCGCAAAAUACUCGUCGCUUCGUCUUGAGCUUUACCAUCUGCGGGUCCCUCAUGAGGGUAUGGGCAUUUGACCGGCUCAGGGGCAUCGCAUUGGAGCUCAGUUUGACAUUAAGAAAGAUGGGCCGAAUCAUCAUCGACGAGAUGAUGCAGCGGGCGCCUUGCGUAGCUGGUCGAGCGACGACAUGUUGGAAAGCCCAUUCCGAAGGACGGUCCGAGAUACUGCUAGUCAUUAAGGAUUCGUGGCAAUAUCCGGAACGAGACGAAGAAGGCGAACUACUACCCAAAUACUAUCACCACGAGACGGCACAGAUUGACGGGGCAGAUGAUGACAUCUGGAGUAAUGUUCGAAGAGGGCUGGAUAUUACGCAAGCUGCGAACUACCGUCCAGAACGACCAAUUCGGCGGAGCAACGUCGUGUCUGGCACAUCGAGAGAGGGUCGCGGCAGCACCAAGGCCAUCAGAAAGCGGUCAUCUAGCCAAGCUGGCGCUCCUCUUCCUUCUAGCAAGCGAUCUUGUUCCGUGUCUUCAACGAGGGCCUCCAGUUCAUUACCAAAUCGUGUACAUCGGCGUGUAAUUCUCCGAGACUACGGGAUGCCUAUCUAUAAGGCGAGCUCCCGGUCGGCUCUGCUUGCUGCGUUUGAGCGGUGCAUCGUGGGACAUGAAUCUUUGUAUAAGGCAGGCUUCCUUCACAAAGACAUCUUGAUCAACAAUCUCGUGAUCAACGAGAAUGAUGAUAAUCCCUCCUGGCCUUUCUUGAUUGACCUUGGCCUGGCUAUCAAAGAGUCGCGAGAAGUUGUCACAGGAGUAAAGGGGAAGACAGGAACACAGGUUUUCAAGGCAAUUGGGGCGCUCCUGGCUUAUAUUAAAUUGCUAAUUAGUAGGAUCACCUGCGAGUGGAUCCAGUUAUCACGAAAAGCUUUAGGUCACCACCUUGAAAGGUAUCGAUCGGGUAGCGGAUGA